AUGAAUAUCUUUGAAACCUAUUAUUCAGACCCACUAAUUUUAACCGAAUCUUCUUCUUCUUCUUCAUCAUCAUCUGACGAGGAAAUUAUUUUAGCUUCGAAUAACCCAAAAAGGCCAGCUGGAAGGAAGAAGUUUCGAGAAACUCGACAUCCGAUAUACAGGGGAAUCAGGAUGAGGAAUUCAGGAAAAUGGGUUUGUGAAGUCAGAGAACCAAAUAAGAAAUCAAGGAUUUGGCUUGGUACUUUUCCUACUGCUGAAAUGGCGGCUAGAGCUCAUGACGUGGCAGCUUUAGCAUUAAGAGGCCGUUCUGCUUGCUUGAAUUUCGCUGAUUCUGCUUGGAGGUUGCCUAUCCCUGCUUCCUCCAACUCUAAAGAUAUUCAAAAGGCGGCCGCUGAGGCCGCCGAAAUCUUCCGACCAUCAUCAUCAUCAGAAGAGUCGGAAGAAGUUUCUGGAGAAUCUGAUUACAGUACUCCUGAAACGCCAGAAAAUGCGUUUUCAGCGGCCGCCGAAAUCUUCCGACCAUCAUCAGAAGAGUCGGAAGAAGUUUCAGGAGAAUCAGACAACAGUACUCCUGAAACGCCAGAAAAUGCGUUUUUUAUGAACGAAGAAGCGCCAGAGAGUAGUUUCUUCAUGGAUGAGGAAGCGCUCUUUUUCAUGCCAGGAUUAAUUGCAAAUAUGGCGGAAGGACUAAUGCUACCUCCACCUCAAUGUGCAGAAAUGGGAGAUCAUUAUGUGGAAGCUGAUGCUUACAUGACUUUAUGGAAUUAUUCUAUCUAA